UCCUCGUCAUUCUCUAUUGAAGGUUUAGGUCGAUCGCUUCAGGCUUUCAGGCCCGGUAAAAAUUGUAUAUAUUUUUUGUAUGUGAAUUCUCGUGGAAUAGCUCGUUGGCACAUUUUUUUUUUAUAAAUUAAUUGUGCAACACAAAUUUUUGGUUUCGUGAACGACCCGGUUACUAAAUUUACAACAUGUGCGAAACCGUAGAUCCAAAGACCAAACCGGUGGAGACGCCACGGGAGGAGCUGAUGGAUUGGAACUCCUACUACAAGAACCGUGGCCUGAUCAGCACCCGGAUGGCCGUUAAGAAGUCGGAGUACAUGCACUGCUCCACCUAUGUAGAAAAGCCCGUGGGAGAUAAGAAGGCCAAGUGCCCCUCCUGUUGCUGUUCCUCCUGCCCGGUCAAGGAUCGCGACAACUACGUCCCAAAAUGUCCGGGUCCCGGGCAGAAGGGCAAGCCCAAUAGGGACUAUAUGAACUGCUUUGCCACGAAUAUGGUGGCCCUCAGGCUAGAUAUGCCAGGCUGGGAGUUCGAGUGUCAGGAUAAGCUGCAAGUCAGGGCCAAUGUCUGUAAGGGAGUCAAGUUAGUUCUGGAUGCCAGUCGGAUCAAUGUCAACGGUCUGCCAACGGAGGUCUUGAAGACAUUCCAAAUGGAGCCCGAGUGCCUGGCAAGGCAGCUCAACGAGGGCAUUGCCAUCUCCCUCAUCUACAUGAACAAGGAGAUUGGUCGUGGCUGCUAUGAUGUACCCAGGGCUGUGAUCAACCGCAUGGUCAAUCAGACUGAUGAGAUUGUGCACGAUGCCAACAUAGAGCUCACCUGCUGCGGCUGCACCGUGGGUCUGGUUCACAUCCGUUUCUCCAUGCUGAUGCGCUGCCAGACCCUCAAAGAAGUUGCGGUCGAACGUUCGGCGGGCGGCCAGGAGAGGGGAUGUAAUUCACCAGAGCGAAAGCAGGAUAGGAACGUGAAUCCGCAGGAUCUCUCGUUUAUGGCGGAGGGCAACAGCUCUUCCUCCUCCCUCGAUCCCUGUGCAGGCUUUAUGCCCAGCGAUAUGGAAUCACCGCCUUCAUUUAACAGCCAGGAAGGAGUUAUUUGUGACAGCCCUCCGGAUCCGCAGCCGCAGCUGAUCGACAUGGCGGGGCCCUUUCCCGUCUACUCCUGUCCCACUGUGGACGAUGGCUGCGUGAAUGUGACCAUUGAGCCACCGGCUGGACCCUCUGCCCAAUUCUCGCCAGAGCAGCAACACGUUCUGGGCGAUGGAUCCACGAACCGAUUGGUUCAGAUUCAGUCGACGCCGAAAUUGCGCCAGAUGCACUUUGCCGGCACUCGGUGCUGCAUACUCUGCGGCGAGGAUGUGUCCUGGCUGCCCAAUGUGGCCGCGUGUCCUUAUUGCGGCUACAAGGCCGUGCCAGAGUUCAAGGAGCGUGAAUACGACGAGAAUGCCACCGCUAAGCAGAUCCUGCAGAAUCAUCUCAACAACCCCGUGGAGGAGCUGAGCUUCGACCUCGGUUCGGUGGAAGGGUGUUCCGGCGAUGGAGGUAAGGCCAAAGAUCCCGGAAGCACCUCAGAGGCCUUCGAGGAUGUGGUGCGUGACUUCCUGGCUCUGAAGCGCAGCAUCCGCGAGUCCUCCAAGCCCCAGGUCUGCCCGUCGGUGAGCCAGAAACCAAACAAGGGGGAUAAGCAUCACGGCGAAUCCCGGCCACAGGACCUAGUCAAGGUCUUUGCCGAACUGAAAGAGCUUUUCAAAGUAAAGGACGUCGACGAGGGACAGAAGAUCCAGGAUAUAUGCUCAGAGGCCUGCAAGCUGGCCAAAGGCAAGAAGGGCAAGAGUCGCUUGUCGGUGGCGGGAAACAAGACGAGCAAAACGAGCGCUGCACCCUCUAGUGCCAAGGAUUCCAGCGAGGGGAACAAGAAAAAGAAAGGAAAACGACGAAAAACAAAUAAGAGACACAUAAAGUCCAAAUACUAUAGCAUGUACUCUCCCCAGAACAGGAUCAGAGUCAGGCAGGAUCGGCCACCCUCGGAAGUGAAGGUACCCUCUCACAUGGGCUGGCUGUGGACUGCUCAUCCGUUAGCCACCAUUCCAGGAUGGCGACCCGGAGCCAUUCGACGUUCCAUACGUGAACUGAUGAGCUACUUCCUCAAGGACUAUCCCGUGGACACUAUCCCGAUGUCCAAGUACAUGUCCUAUUACAGCCAUAAAAAGACAAAGUCGCCGCCAGCCGAGAGGUCUGAGGAUCUCGUCCAGGUGCCCACGCUGAACAUCGAGAAGAAGAAUGACGUCUACACUAUUACCCUGCGUCCACUGAAGGAAGCAAAUGCUUUGGCCCGCUCCGCCAAUCCCUACGUGGACAUGAAGCCCGUACAGUUCCGGAUCGUAAAGGAUCCGCUGCUGAAGAAGCAGCGCGAGUUGAAGCGCUGUCUCAAGGGCAUGGGCUUUAGCAAAUGCACCUGCCACAGGCCGGUCAUGCAAUGCUAUUGCCGCAGUUUCGUGGACAAGAACCUUUUGGUCCAACACCUCCAGGAGGAGUGCCAGCGCCGCCACAUGGAGCCCUGCGAGGACGACCUGGUGAUGUCGGAUACAUCGGACAGUGAGUCGGAGUUUGAAUUUGGUGUCACACCACCCGCUGGCCUGAUGCAUCCGGAGCGGCUCAAGAGCAGCCACAUCAAGCACACCGAGACGCAAUACGAUGAAAAGGACUGGGCAUCACCGAGUCUCUUCCCACAUCCACCUCAUCCCGAGGUUCAGUAUGCCAGCUGUGUGAUGGGCGAGCGAAAGGACACCUUUAAUUGGGUUUACGGCAAGGGUGUUAUCCAUGAGGUACCCAAGCCCCCCAAGAUGCGCAACAUCAAGAAGAAAAAAAAGAAGGCAGGCAAGAAACGUGCGACUGGAGGAUUCGCAGGACAUGAUUACCACGACUCAAUUGUCUACAAUCGUCUCAAUAACAACUUUCCACCAAUACGACUGAUAACUCCGGAAAACCAUUCGCCGCCCAAUUACUCCACGGAUUCGGAGUUGCCGCUGAGUGGCGAUCAUAUGCGACGUUUGGAUCAAGCUGCUUAUCCACCGACAGCACCACAACGCCAGGAGCCUUGGGCCCUGGAAAAGGAGAAGGAACGGAAGCGGAGAAGGGUCAAGAGACGGACCGAUAAGUUGGUCAAAUUUGAUCCCAGCAUUGGACCGCGUUCCUCAGACAGCUAUGAUCCCUAAGGUUUACUCACCAUUCUGGACAGGGUCGUUCACUUAUCCACAUAACAUCCCCUCUCAUUGAUGGUUAUAGCCCAUCAAACACAAUAUUUCGAUAAUCUGUAGUAACCGCGUAAAAUUACAAGUUUUUAUAAAAUUGA